AUGAGCGAUCCCCAGGUGCUCCUCCUUUUCCCUGCCGCCGCCGCCGCCCCCCGCCGCCGCACGAUUUCAUCGGAUUCUUUCUCGGGCCCACUUCAUAAGGUGGAAGGGCGGACGAUCUACUAUGUUGUUGCCGACGAUGAUGGCAGUGCUGAUGAUGCCAUUGAGAGCCAAUCUUUCACUUUCGACGGAACGAGCUUGGAGGAACUGAGCCAUAGGUUGGAGGAGGUAACAGGGCUCACCGGUAUAAUAAUCUGCUCUCGGAACCCGCUUAAUGGCAAGCUUUAUCCUCUCCGCCUGCAAUUACCACCCAACAAUGCUGCCAUGCAUGUCGUGGUGGUCCAGGAGUCCUCAAAAGUGGGAAGGACUUUCCAAGGUGAUUGAUGGCAAGAUAACAAGCUAGAUUUAUGUGCUAAAUUCAUCCGCUCAGUUUUGUACAUUCUCCUUUCCUAUUCAUACAAACGGAUGCUAGACGCGAGGAUAACUAUUUGUUUUUUGGCCUGAGUCUUGACAUUUGAGCUGCAGGAACCUUUCGAGUCAAAGAACUUGGCACCUUCUCCGAAUCAACCACUAUAACAAUAAGAAACUUAAGUGCCUUGCUUUUUGCCUGUUUUCUGUUUCAGUCUUUCUGGGAAAGAUUUUCAUUUCAAUUUUCUCUUCUCCUUCUGAUUACUAAAAUAUCCUCGUUCGCGAUGGCAUGCACUAAACUGCACCUCCCGAGAGCGGCUCUUGUGGAUGUAAAUUGCAGCUUUAUCGAUAGCACUCGCAUGUGUAGUGGUUUUACUGAGGUGAUCUAUCACCAGUAGUUCUUUAUAUAUAUUCUGAAUGUUAUUGUUUUGUUGGUUGUUCGGGAAAAUCACUACCUGGACCUGCUGUUUUCUGAAGUUUUGAACAGCAUUUUCUUCGUCCCUGCAGAAGUCGCUUUCUGUAAGAGUGGUUUGUUCCGUGCCAGUACGCGAUUAUUUAGUAAACCGAUCGAAAGGAGAUAUUGAUUGGAAAAUUUUUCUCAGAAAGAACGAUAGAUACAUGACAAAGGCAUUUGUGACUCCUUUUCCCUAUUUC